UUCUGCAAGAGUGAUGGCUAUCACGUGUCCCAAAUAUGGCGGCGCCCUAAUCGCUUCUACCCCUGGAGCUGGACUUCCGGGGGUGGUCGGAAGUGAGCGCCGCCAUCUUGUUUCUGUGGUUUUGGAGGAACAGUUGGCCUCCAUCGGGAGCUGCGCUGUUUUGGUCCUCCUGGCCCUUCCGCCCUCCUCCGCGUUGAGUUUGCGUGGGUGAUUCCUGAGAGCAUUGCAGGCUGGAAGUGCAACCUCCUGCCAUGGUGAAGAUCUUCGUGGGAGGAGUCUCCCCUUCUGUCACAGUGGAUGAGCUGAAGAAGCUCUUCGAGCAAUAUGGACAGGUGAACGAGUGCGACAUCCUGAAGAACUUCGCCUUUGUGCACAUGGAGAAGGAGGACGAGGCCCACAAGGCCAUCAGCGAGCUGCACAAGCAGGAGUUCUACGGGGCCCACCUGACGGUAGAGUACGCCACCUCCAAGAUCCGUAACGCCACCAAGAUCUAUGUGGGCAAUGUCUCCAGCAAGGCCACCACAGCCCAGAUCAAGGAGCUCUUUGAGAAGUUUGGCAAGGUGGUGGAGUGUGACAUUGUCAAGAACUACGCCUUUGUCCACAUGGCCAAGGAGAGGGAAGCCAUGGACGCCAUCUUGAACCUCAACGACAUGCCUCUGGAGGACCAGAAGAUCUUUGUAACACUGUCCAAGAGCAACAACUCGCUCAAGACAACCAAGGGGACCUCUGUGCCACCUCCACCACCUGCACUGCCCAGUUACUACUUCCCCAGGGGGCGCAUCCCCCCGCCACCGCCUCCAUACACCCCGUAUGCACCCCGAGCUUGGUAUGACCGGGAAUAUUAUGACCGCUAUGCUUAUGAGCUCUACGACCGGGCGCUGACUGCCAGGACAGCAUACGAGAGGGCCCUGCCACCUCCGCCCUCUACCCCCACCGCCUACAGAGAGAGGAGCCCUGUGGGCAGGCGGACGACUGCUGCGGUGGCCCAGUAUUCUGAUCCCUAUGCUGCCGCGUCUGCUGCCCAGACAUACAGUCAAGUGUACAACCAAACGGGUUAUGCAGCAGUGGCGGCUGCAGCCGCAGCGGCAGCUACCUACUCCCAGUACAGCAUGGGUGCCACCUACAGUACAGGGGAGUACUAUGAGAAAUACAGCAACGGCUAUGCCACUCAGUAUGCCCAGACGUACUAAUCUUACUGUGCUCAUAGUACCCGGUGCUCGGAGGCGUAAGGGGGAAAGGGAUCUCGGCUGCAAAGGUGCAGGCAGAGCUGAUUCAAGACAGCGCAAUGCCUUUAACCACCACCCUGCUGAAGGAAGCGUGAAGCCUCCACUACAAGCUUGAGUGAAUAUACCACUCCCCUUGUCCCCUACCUGCGCUUCUUCCUCUUCUGGUGCUCUCGGGUUAGCUAUUUGGCAGUCCAGAGGGCACCCUCUGGUGAGAGCGCAAGGCUAGCAGGACUCAUGGGUUCUAUUCCCAGCAACUCCCUUCCCCUCCCUGUGCCUCGGUUUCCCCACAGCAGAGAUUGCGUUGAAAUCUUUGGGUAAGCACUGUAUGUGCAAAGAGAUCUUGGUUUCUUGCUGGGGAUGCUGCCUCCACCCAUCUAAAGCGCUCCCCCUUCCCCCCUCCCCUCCCCUUUAUGAUGUCCUCUAGCUAGCUCAUGUUCCUGCCCUUACUGGGUUUGAAGAUCUAGGGACAGACCCACUCCUUAGCACAUGCAUGUCUCAGCCUGGGGAUCGCUUUGGUCGUUCCAGAUCCCCCUGCAUGCAUCCGCUUAGGGCUAGCACACCCUGCCUCCAUUUGCUUUUUAGUAGCUGUCUUCAGUUGCCAGAGACGAUGGCAUAGGAAUCCAUUGCACUGCUGAAUAGUCAGCUUGAGCUGCUUUCUCUCCUAGGAGCAGACUCGGGGCAGAACGUGGUCACCCGCUGGGGCCAGGAAUUGCACCCCCAUUGGUACAGCAUUGGGUAAUGCCUUCCCUCGAUGUGGGAUACAGAACUAGGUGGACCACUGGUGUGUGAGAGAAGUGAUAGAGAGACCCUUUCAUUCCCCCAGCAGCACGUCUGGGAGGUGAAGGGGGAGCAUCAGAAAAAAACAGCCGACAGGGUAACCGUCUCCCUCUGGCAUCUGUCCAUGGCAGAUUGAGGUAAGGCAGAAAGACCUCCCCGAUGAGUGUUUGAGCCUGUGUUUGUUGGAGACGAUGCUGUGAGCAGGGGAGUGGGGUACUGGGGGGAAUGGUGUAGUGGUUAGAGCAGGGAGAGUCUACCCCUAUGAACUUGUAGACAGAUCACUUCCCCUGCCUGCUUCAGUUUCCCCAUGUGUGACUGAGGGAGCAUUUCAGUGCCUGGAGAGCCUCUAAUGGAAAGGGCUGUAGAAGCACCAUUGCCAUUCAGCCCGGGCUCAAAGGUCAGACUCCUUCCAUCCCCAAACCAUGGGGGUGCGGCGUGAUGUGCCCCAAGAACAGAAUUUGGAAGAGCCCAGCAGCUCAGGGGAAGCUGCUCUGAGCGUCCAAUCAGAACGGUCUGGAUCUGGCCAUGGGGGAGCAUUAGGGAGCAAGUCUUAGUUCCAUAAGCAUCCAAAGAGGGGGCGCGGUAUCUGCUUUCAGCACAGUUCAUGGACAGACAUUUGUCAGCCUGAUUUCUGAGCCAUCCUGUUGGGACUAUCAAGUCUGCUGACUCCACAGAGUCCUUGGAGCUGGCACCUCUGAGUUUAAAUCUGUUCAUUUUACGCUGAAGGCCACCUGUUACCCAAGCUCCUCCAGGCCAAGGGGAAACCAAAGAGCAGGAUGCAAAGACCCUAGAUCCUUUUAGAAACUCAGGCAGGAGGGGCUAGUGAAUCUAACUCGCCCAUCUAUUCUAGAUUGACCCUAUCCCAAAGAGACCUUACAUCAAGGUAACCCCCAGACCAGGAACUCUGUUGGCCUCAGCUGACAUGUCAGGGGAAGAGCAGGAUUUCUGGAGGACCCACCAAGCAUCCUGCUAGCAGAGGUGAAAGAUGACUUGAGGGAUUCCCCGAAGAUCUCCCAGUCUCUUCUCUCUGUGAGCCUUAAACACCCAGGGGGAAUCCAACCUGAGAUGAAGCAGGAGGUAAGCGCUUUUGUCCCCCCUUCCCUUUCACUCGCACUCCAAGAGGAAGGAACAGUGGUGUGCUUCUAUCACAGACAGCACAAGAUCUAGGUUCUGUUCCCUGGUUCUGGCACUGACCUCAGGGCAAGUCUGUGGAUCUCAUCUAUAAAAGGGGCAAAGAUUGAUUCAUGUUUGGUUAAGAUCUCCACUGGCUGGUGCUGAGUCAAGUAGUAUUAGAAAUCCCUGCCACAGAGAGCUUGUGUUCUGAAAGCACGUGCCUCCUGCCUUACUGGGGUAAUCUAGUUUAGGUCUUUAUAUGGUUCCCAUAGUGACUUGAUCACUGUCUGCAGCUGGGGUGGAGAUUUGCGAGUAGAGCAGUCUUUAAUCUCACAGACAAAGGCAGAACAAGAGCCAAUCGGUGGACGUUGAAGCAAGCCAAAUUCAGACUGGAAAUGAGGCAAAUUUUUAACCCUGAGAGGAAUUAGCCAGUGGACCUAGGGACACUGUGGAUUCUCCAUCGCUUGGAGUCUUUAAGUCAAGACUGGCUGUCUUUCCUAAACCUGCGCUGUAGCUCACACAAAUUACAGGCGUGAUGCAGGAAAAGGGAUUCUCUGACCUGUAGUAUGCAGGAGGUGAGCAUAGAUGAUCAGAAUGGGCCCUUCUGGUCUUAAAAGCAGUGAAUCAUUUCCGCAGUAUGUGAGCGCCUCGGUUUUGAAUAGAUUUAUCUUCCCAAUACCUCUGUGAGGCAGGGCAGCACUGUUCUCCCCAUUUUACAGAUGGGGAAACUGAGGCACAAAGCAACUAAGUGACUUGGCCAAGUUCACACAGGCAGACUGGCAGAGCAGGGACUCAAACCCAGGUCUCCUGACUCCUGGUCCAGCACUUGAGCCUUAAGAUCAUUCUUCAUCUUCUAAGUUAUGUAACAUUAGGGUUGCCUGCCUGAAGAAAUACAGGCCCUUGGCUCUGGUUAGGUGGCCCUACUAGUGCCAGGAGCCCAGGCUGAAUACAGGGUGAAUGUGCUCUAAGGUGAACAUACAGAUUUAGGGCGGCCGACAGUUCCCAGCUUCAAUUCCUUGGUGCUACUGUAUCAAAAUGUGUGCGCUCUCCUCUUCCUCAUCAACCCGAACAGGAAGGGGCAGACUGAGGUAAACCCAGCCCUUUGGCACAACAGCCCACCCACAACGUGAGCCGUGUGUGGAGUGGCCUGGUUGCGACGAGGACUGAAAGGAAGCCUGGAGCUGGGGAGCCUCCAGCUGAAAUUCUCUUCUCUUCUUACUCUCUCCUAGAGCAGAGCGGAUUGGGCCUUCUCUCUGUCUCUCUCUCUCUCCCUCCCAGCCCAACUCCACCAUCCCUUGUUCUGCGAAAGCAGCGAGCUCCGUCCCCGCCACAGUGCUCUGGAUGCUGUCGGAAGGCUCCCUGCUCGCUUCCCUCCUUGAUCCCUGCCCCCUGACGUGGGGGGUCCCGCAACAGAGAUGGGGCCAGCAGAGCUCGUGUGUGGGAUGAGAACGGAGGCAUCUGUACCACCGGGUACCUCCAGCAAUAGUCUCGACUCCCUGUUAAUUGCAAUUGGCUCCAGCAGAGAAGGAUGGAGUGCGGGGACUGCAGGCUCCUCUGCAUUGGAUGAGCAUGUAGCCUUUGCUUCCUUCCCCUGGAAACAUGGAGCACAUCCCAGGCUAUGGGCAUGGUCGUAGGAUGGGGAUCUUCCUCUAAUUACCUUCCCUACUCCUCAUUUUGUCUUCAGUGGACCUCCAGCUCCUUAAUAGAGCCCGGCAGCAGGACACCUUCCCAGCACUGAGUUGAGACGUAUGUACUGUUUAGGGGAGAAGACAGGAUAGCCCUGGUGGAAUAAAACCAGUCCGGGGAAGGGGUGUUCUCACAUCAAACUGCUACAGCCAGAUUCUCACACCAUGGCUCCUUUGCCCCCCUCUAGUAAUGGGACCAUGUAGUGGGUGUAAAUUACACCGCUAAAGCAAGGUAAAGAGGGGCCUUAGGCCCAGAUCCUCAAAGGUAUUUCAGCUCCUAACUUGCACUGAAAGUAAGGGAAGGAAGCUAAAUACCUGGGAGGAUUGGGCCUUGGACAGGGCCUAGCCUGAAACUCGGAGUACACCUCAGACUCUCAGAGUGGGGAGAUCUGACUUAGGGGUGGCAUAUCUGUGACCUGUUGCUUUGCAAAGAGUUGUAACUCUCCAGUGCUUGUUUGCGUGUCUGUGGCUAAGAACUCCCUUUGCUAAGCCGGUGUUCCUUUCAUAUUGCCCUUUAAACUAGAAGCCAGAGGCCCCUGCAGCCAGGUGGAGUGGGGGGGCGGGGUGUAAGCAGCUGGGUGGUUUGGGAUAGCUGCGGCACUGUUUUUGGGGCCUAGGGUGGCCGGGGUGCAGUGCCCCACAACCUACCAAAGGGCUCAGACGAGGUCUGCACCUGGGCGGCCACCCUACAGACCCAGAUACAGGGACUAGAACCCAGGGAGGUUAGAAGCUUGUGGGACCCAGGAUUGGGUCGGCUUCCAAUAAACUGGAGAAAAGAGGACUGGGCUUGGUCUAGUUAAAGCAGUACAACACCCCACCUCUCCGGCUGGACAUCGUGAUCGGGAUAUGAAGGUGCUGAGCUAUUCCCCUACAGGAAGGGGAAUAAGCUAUUGCAGUCUAAGGCACCUUUCUACCACUAUAACUGCCCACAGUAGGGCUUGUCAUAUAUCUGUCCGUUAACCUCCCCCUCCCGCAGCUGACAGUUGUACUGGAACCAACUCUGAAGCCAACAAAGAAAAGGCACUGCUGAGCUGACUAAAGAGAAAAAGCUUCUCCCAAAUGAUUAAUAGUGAUUAAUAAAGUCAGUGCCCUCCUAGGUACUAUUUCCUAGAACAUUGUUUAAUCUAUUUGCCAGUAGCUUUGCUCCCCUUAGGAAAGUGAAAGUGUCUUCUUUUUUUUUUUUUUUUUUUU